AUGGAAGCAAACAUCUCUAACAAGCACUUCAGCCGCCUGCACAUCACAUCAAUGCGUAGUUUCAGACCACUCGCUCAGUUAGUGAUCUCUGACCAUGGUCCAGAGAACAUGGCGAGCGCUGGAGGGAAUCUAGUCAAUGCCACACCAUGCACCGAGAUAAAGACGACGCAAGAUGUCAUAGACGAGGCGUGUGAGCAGCUGAGUCUAACCUCAACCAACCUCGCACCCGAAGGAGUCUUCUUUUCCUUCGACGUUCGCCGAAUCUGCACGCUGUACUGCCAUCGAUGCGCGAACAUCAGUGCAUUACGGUUCACGGCCACGUCGGCUGCUGAUUGCCCGAACGGACAUACUCAAUGCCAGGACGCGCUAAUCCAACGACAGGAUGUUACUGCAUCAACAAGAAAUGUUCAAAACUCUUCACUUAAUGGAGGGCAACCAUGUGAAGGGCCGGAACAGAUGAUACAGGAAUGCAACAGUACAAAGGUAGGGUUUGAUUAUUACUACAAAUUGAGCUGA